CAUCCGUGUCGGUCGGUUUAAUUUAUCGUUCGUGACGCCUGCGGACCGCCGCAGCUGAUAGAGAAGCGAAGGGGCCAAUUCUCACAUUCUGUUCUAUCAUCCGGUCUUUUAGCUGCUCCCACCCGUUCCUCCGCCGUAGAUUCCGCCAGUGCAACGUAGUAAUAUAUCGCUGAUUUGCUUCUACGGCGAUAGUGUGACGUGUCGUCGGAUGUCAAAUAUACAGGAUAUGAAGAAAAAUUGCUUCUUUCGUCGAGUGGUUAAGCUCAUGAACAGAUAAUUAAUCUCAUUCAGGUACACCCAGUAAGAGUGAUUUUAAAAUUGGCUUGUUUAUUACUAGUCUAUUUGUAGCGUGAAAGAGGGUGCCUGCGUAACAUCGCACCGUGAAAGCUUCGCUCACAAAUUUCACACGUCGAAGUCGAACACUAGUGAUGUGAGUUGGGUAUUUGUCUGGGACUGUAAAGAAGAUAACAGUGCAGUGUGACUUCAAUGUGGAAAAAUAUUCAACGAAAAGUGCUCAGCAUGCUUUAAUUGUGUCUCUUAUCUCGUAUUUCAGUAGAUAUCAGCAAAAGCCAAUGUAAUACCUGCGGUAAGACGGACACCAAUCACUUAAUUUUGCACUCCGUCUGUACUCUAGCGUGCUACAAACUUGCCAGUCAAAGUGUGAAUUGAAAAAAAAACAAAUAGAAAAGUCUGUCGAAGUAAACGCAGGUGAGAGCAUCAUGCCAAAAUUUUACAAGGUCGAGAUCAAUAAAACAGAAUGGGAAGUGCCAGAAAAAUACCAGAUGCUUACACCGGUAGGCAGUGGAGCAUACGGCCAAGUGUGCUCUGCGACCGAUACCCAGCAUAAUGCAAAGGUGGCCAUCAAGAAACUGGCGCGCCCUUUUCAGUCGGCAGUUCAUGCUAAGCGAACCUAUCGCGAACUUCGCAUGUUGAAGCACAUGAACCACGAAAACAUUAUUGGCCUACUGGAUGUGUUCCAUCCCGGAGGUAAUACGCUGGAUUCCUUCCAACAGGUCUACUUGGUCACUCAUUUGAUGGGGGCGGAUCUUAACAACAUCAUACGAACACAACGCCUGUCCGACGAUCAUGUACAGUUUCUAGUUUACCAGAUAUUGCGUGGCCUUAAGUAUAUUCACAGUGCUGGUAUUAUACACAGGGAUUUGAAGCCGUCCAACAUCGCAGUGAACGAAGAUUGUGAGUUAAAAAUUCUAGAUUUCGGACUCGCACGACCAACGGAAAACGAAAUGACCGGUUACGUCGCAACCCGGUGGUACCGGGCGCCGGAGAUCAUGCUAAACUGGAUGCACUACAACCAGACGGUGGAUAUUUGGUCCGUGGGAUGCAUAAUGGCAGAGCUGUUGACCGGUCGGACGCUUUUCCCCGGAACGGAUCACAUUCAUCAAUUAAACCUUAUAAUGGAGAUAUUGGGGACACCGAACGAAGAGUUCAUGGCGAAAAUAUCAUCGGAAAGUGCCAGACACUACAUUCGGUCACUACCGAGGACAGAGAAGCGUAACUUCAGUGAUGUGUUUAGAGGGGCGAAUCCUUUAGCAAUAGACUUGCUGGAAAAAAUGCUGGAGCUGGAUGCGGACAAGCGAGUAACCGCGGAGCAAGCCUUAGCUCAUCCCUAUUUGGAGAAAUACGCUGAUCCUACCGAUGAGCCCACGUCUACCCUGUACGAUCAGAGCUUCGAGGAUAUGGACCUACCGGUGGAAAAAUGGAAGGAACUCGUUUUCCAGGAAGUGGUCAAUUUCGUACCUCAACAGCACGCGCACAUCGGAACUGAUACACAAUAGUUUUGUGGCCGUAACAACAACUUUACAAAGUAGAUACGUAGCCAUCUUUGAAAUAGUGUGUAAGCCUCUCCAUCAAUACUAAACCUACAGCAUAAAAAGGCAAACUCCAAUCCUUCAAGAUAAAGAGUAUUCAGUGAAACGUAACCUUAAGUGUAUACAAAGUAUGAAAUGUUUUGUGCAUAAAAAAUGCGGUGAAAUUUCGGAAAAAGCCUACUCGCAUGGAAAAUAUCUUUUAAAUUUUGUUAUAAUAUAAGAUGGAAAUAACACUUUCAAAUCUGUAAUCGUCGCAUGGCGACUUUUCUAUGCUGAAAAAGCCGAAGGGAGAAUUUUGUUUCAAUCUGGUUGUUUAGUGUAAUGUCACUUUGAAAUAUAUAAUAUAU